UGGAUUGGAAGAGGAGCGCGAGACGGCGGGGUUGGCAGCCGCGGACGCAAUUGAGAGAGAAAAAGGCAGUGUGAGAGCGGGGAAGGGCGGCAACAGGAGGAGCUUACAAAGUCUCUCCCGCGUCGUCGAGAGGAUUCACGAGCAUUCCGCGCGCGGACUCACGUGGGGCUGCAACGGAAGGCAGCAGACGCCCGAGGAAGAGUCCUCUGACCCUCAUCCGUUGCAAGGGUCCCUCAUUUCACCGUUAUUUAACUCGAACGUCUUUUUCUUUCAAAACCUCGAAUAGAUAUUCACGUGUUUGUUUGUUAAUGCUGUUUAGGCACAAUCCUACCCCCGAAGGCUGUCUCGAUUCUGUCCACCCCGUCGGGGGGAGGGGGAAAAAAACCCCCAAAAGACGCAACUGACACUUUCACGAACGGCGCUCAUCACACUCUCUUGUCUCAGGAGCGUCGAGCCAACGGGUGAACUUUGCCACCAGUCUGAGAAUUCUGUUGUUAUUUUGCCGUGUGAUUUUUUUUUCUUAGUCGAACGUGUUUUUGCUGAACAAUGAAAACGCAAGCAUCCGACUGCCAAGCGAAAGCGUCGCUUUGCCACGAAAGGUACGGGAAGGAGGCUGUGAGGACAGUGCAGCGAUGCUGCGUGGCCUUCACGCGGCUCUUCUCAGUCAAGGCCCACAUCGCUUAGCCUCGUCUGCUUGCAAAGCCGGCUGCGCUCACUUAAAGUGGAGCGUGGUUCAGCACCACGGACAGCGCCUCGGGACUGCGACCAACUCUUAAACCAAGCAAGGCACAGCGCCGGACGACUUGUGGCUGCAAAGUGUUUAACACGUCGGCGGGGUGUGCGCGUUCCGAGACCAUCGCUGGUCGUCGACUCCUCUGCGGUUUUUACCUGGCGGCGCCGGCUCAACCAGUGGAGAUCUGCUGGAUUGCAAUGCAACGAAGACGACACACAGCAGCGCGUCUCUCAUAGAAGGGGGGGGGGGGGGGGACUCCCCUUCAAAGUUGUCGCUGCAAUUAACAAUAAAGACUGCCAGCGUAUAGAUAAUAAGUACACAUUACAUUUAUAAUAGAAGGAAUAUUUCUAUAUAUAACAAUCGUAAUAUACACACAGACACAAGGGGAAGACGAAGCAAAGCAUUAACCGUGUUAAUGCACGGUACAAUAAGCGUGUAAAAAAAGGAGGGGGAGGGAUCCUCCCUACCGGCUCAUGCGACAAAGGCGAGGAAUCAUGUGGCCGGGCGUGCAAGCGCUGCUGUCGGCACACGCGUGCUGGGUACUUCUGGGAGCACUCACGUCGGCCGAAAGGAACCGCUACGACCAUUGCAAGAGCAUGGUUCACACGGAGGAGGGACCCGGCUGGGAGUACCACGCGUGCCAGCCCGAGGCGACCGACAUGACCAAGUUUGCCAAGGUGCGCCUCGACCCGCCGGACAUCACGUGCGGGAGUCCACCUGAUCACUUCUGCACCCUGGAAAACCCGUACCUCUGCAACCUGUGCGACGCAAGCACUCCACAGCUUUCACACCCGGCUGAGCUCAUGUUCGACUCGGAGCCAGCGCUCGGCUCGCCGGCCUACGGCGGCGGUCACGGCGGCGGCCACGUCGGCGGCCACGUCGGGGCGCAGGGCGGCCUCUCCACCUACUGGCAGAGCGUCUCGUGGCGCCGCCACCCUGAGCCGCUGCGGGUCAACAUCACGAUGUCGUGGGGCAAGACGAUCGAGCUGACGGACGACGUCGUCAUCACGUUCGAGUCGCGGCGGCCCAGCGCCAUGGUGCUCGACAAGUCGCUGGACUACGGGCGCACGUGGUCGGCCGUGCAGUACUACGCCGACGACUGCCACGAGCUCUUCCGCCGCGAGGCGCGCCGAGCCCUGGACCUCACGCAGGCGUCGGCCACGCAGGUCAUCUGCACCGAGGAGUACUCGCGUAGCUUCGUGGCCAAGCAGGACCGCACCGUGCGCUUCGAGGUGCUCAACCGCACGGCGCUCUUCGCCGGCGUCGGCCUCCGCAACGUGGCGUCGCUGUACGCGAGGCUGGACGGGGACGGCGAGCUCCGCAGGUUCUUCACGCUGACGGAUCUGCGCGCGCGACUGCUGCAGCCGGCCACCGGCGACACGUUCAUCGACAAGGAGAACCUCAAGAAGUACUACUACGCCGUCUCCAACGUGCAGGUUCGCGGCAGGUGCACGUGCAACUUGCACGCCAAGGAGUGCAAAUUUGAGAAGGGGCAGCUGCUCUGCGAGUGUGAGCACAACACGACGGGCUCCGACUGCGGCAAGUGCAAGCGGGGAUUCCGCGGGCGCCUGUGGAAGGCGGGCACCUACCUCCCGUACCCAAAGGGCAUGCCCAACGAGUGCACAGCCAACACCGGUAACCAAAAUGGGCUUGGUGGCAACUUUGGAGCCGUUCCAAAGUACGAGAGAGUGUGGCCAAGUGCCUCUUCCCUCGAGGCCUCGCAUCACAAACAAGCCGCCUCAAAGGCCGAUGCCUUUUUGCCGAGCAUCUCUUCCUCUCUGGAGGAACUAGACACCAAUCCAGAAUGUAGCUGCAAUGGCCAUUCAAACCGCUGCAGUUACAUCGACGUGCUGAACAUAGUGACGUGCGUGAGCUGUAAGGACAACACGCGGGGCCAGCACUGCCAGCUAUGUCGUCCGGGCUUCUACCGCAACUUCUCCGUGGAGUUGGACAAUCCCAACAUGUGCAUCAAAUGCGAGUGCAACAACUUUGGAGCCAUGCACGACCGCUGCAACGACUCGGGGAAGUGCGAGUGCAAAGAGGGAACGUCAGGUCUCAAGUGCGACGAAUGCCAGCCGGGCUUCCACUGGAACAGGGGCUGCCACCCCAUCGUGUGCGACGAGUUCCUGCGCUGCGAAAACGGCGGCACGUGCGUCCAGCGGCAGCGCUGCGCGUGCGUCUCCGGCUACGAGGGCGUGCUGUGCGAAAAGUCCCGCUGUACUUCGCCCAACAGCUGCGGCUCGAGCUCGGCUGGCCAGCGCCUCCGCGCUCCGGCCCUGCCGCUCCUCGCCGCGUCGUCGUCGUCGCUGCUGCUGCUGCUGCUGCUCGUCGCGCUGCUGUCGGCGGGCCCGGUUCAGACUCUGGUGCCGACGCGCUGAGCGCACAACGCUUGCCUUUAAAAUAGCGGAAAGCAGCCCGAGUCCAGAGCCCCCCCUGAUGCCCAGACCUCUGCUGCCCAGACCCCUUGACCAGCCCCAGCCUUCGUGCUGCUCAACCCAAACGUAUUUGAUGGAAGCCUUCGCCCCGUCAGAGUUCAACCGACUUGAAACUCUCCGUGAAGUGUCACCUUUAGUUGAAUCGAGCGCCGAAGAUUUACCCCAGUGAAGUUGUUGAGAUGAAGUUUCGGACAAGCUGUUUCACAGGGGUGAUAAUUGUGUGGGAUUUUGUUUAGUUUUUCCCAUUCAUUUGUUUUCAUUUUGAGUGUCUAUGCAUGGCCGGGGUUGAUGGAAACCGUGGCUAUAUACUGUUUAAAAUUUUAAUUACAAUUAUCAUAUACUUUACUUUCUGGUAAUAAAAUACGAUAAAAAUGAAAAAAAUAAAAGGCAAUACACAAGAACUUAUGCGUAUCGAGUGCUCAUUAGAGUAUUCAACAGAAAAGCGGCUAAUUGUCCAAUAAGCGAUGGCAAAACAAGUGGCCGGCAUAUGAACAGCAUAUCAGAAGAUGCACCAGGAUGUCCAGCGAUGGCAUCAAAGGAUAAACGUCUUCAUAAAAAACUGGAUUAUGGACACGUACCUGUGUGUGUGUUUUAUAUUGAAAGGAUGACGAUCAACACAGAGGAUUUAUCAAUGCGUCUAUUGCUCAACAAGCCUACCUAGACACGGGGCUUUGAGCCAAGCCUCCAGACAGUAACGAUUGAACAAUGCUGAAUAACAUUUUAAGGAUUCUACCAAAACGACAGACCUCUUAUCCAGCAUUAUUGUACGCCUGGGGUUGAUUAUAAUCAAAGUGGGUUGAAUUAUUUUUUUGUUUCUCGCUGUCGUGCAUUGAGUGGCGCCGGAGUCGCCUGAAAGGGGUUGUGCCACCGCGUUGAAGAAUCGCGUCGGAAAUGUUCGCAGAGAGAUUUUUUAAGCGACGACAAGGACAACAA